CCUCGUGUCACAGAUGCCGCUGACAUGAAGUUACUCUCUGCUUGCUGAAACCACACCCCCUGAUAUGGGCCAUAGCACACAGGCCGGAAAUGGCGGACUGCGUGGCAAGAAGCAUGUAGCGUCCUGCUGCAGAAAGGCAGGGUGCACGGGGUGCAGCAGGCCGCUGCUGUGGCCCAGCUGGGGCUUCUAGCCACCCCUCCACCUCAACCCCAGCCUCCAACCCUUCUCCCACCGACACCACCGCCCUGGGCAACCAGCCCGGGAGUGGCUCACUCACUCUCUGACAGUUCCCAUUCUUAACGUUGCCCUCGGCCAAGUAUUUAACCUGGAAUUAAGAGACACUGCAAUCUCCCCAGACCAGUUUUCAUGGAAGCUCUCGGCACUGAGCGGUGACGGCAUUCCAUGCCUGCUUCACUCGUGCUACAAAGAAACAUGGAAGUAUUUCCAACACAGUCUGUGACCUCUGAGAAUAAGCUGAAGAGGCUGUCCACCAAAUACCGCUCAGAGAAGACCUUUUCCAGCAGGGCAGCUGAGAAGCAGGAGAACGUGAAGAAGAACCGAUACAAGGACAUCGUCCCAUUUGACCACAGCAGAGUGACGCUUUCUCUAAAGACGUCCAAAAAUGACACAGACUACAUCAAUGCCAAUUUCAUCAAGGGCGUUAUGGGUCCAAAGGCUUACAUUGCCACCCAGGGCCCUCUGCCACACACUAUCCUGGAUUUCUGGAGGAUGCUUUGGGAAUAUAAUGUACAGGUCAUUGUGAUGGCUUGCAGGGAGUUUGAGAUGGCCAAGAAAAAAUGUGAGCGCUACUGGCCUUUGGAGAACCCUUUCGUCUGUCAUCCAUUUUUAAUAUUCUGUGACUCGGAGGAGAACAAGGGAGAGUAUGUUGUGCGGACUCUGAGGGUGACUUUUAAUAAAUCCUCCCGGAUACUGAAGCAGAUGCAGUACAUGAACUGGCCGGACCACGGUGUGCCGGAUUCCAUCCCCCCGAUCCUGCAGCUCGUGGAGGAGAUGCGCCAGUAUCAGGAGCACGAGGAUGUGCCCAUAUGCAUCCACUGCAGUGCCGGCUGCGGAAGGACAGGGGCACUCUGUGCCAUUGACUACACCUGGAACCUGCUGAAAAGAGAUAUGAUAUCAGAGAACUUCAGCAUUUUUGCUCUGGUCCAGGAUAUGAGAACACAGAGGCCUUCUGUAGUUCAAACGAAGGAGCAGUAUGAACUGGUGUACAGGAGCAUUCAAUUCCUUUUUCAACGGUAUCUACAGGUGAUGGAGACAAACUCAAAUAAAGAGCAGGUGCCAGCCCCAUCCUCCUUCAUCCCCACGGCCAGUGACAGUGAGGUGUCAGAUCUCAGCGACAUGGAGCUGGAGGUAGAGUCUUCGUUGAAGCCCAGACUGCAGCUGCCAGCCAAGCCCAGAUGUUCCAAAAUGAACACUCCUAUGGAAAUAUCCAGUCACGUUACGCCAGAUGUCACCUACCAGCUGCAAAAUCAUCUGCCACAACCCAGUCCACUGGGCCUCACCACCAGAAGAGCAUCAGCAGACUUACUCAGUGUAGUGAAUGACUGGGUAACAUCUACAGCUAACAUCUCCCUUAAGUCCACUGCCACACAAGCACCACUGCAGCAAAAUGAUCUUGGAUGCCAAACAACCCAGCUUAUCAUGAGUCUACAAUCCCACCAAUCCGAUGCUCAGGGUUCCCGUAAUUCCAUCAUGGCACCACCAGAAAGGGAGGAAAGGAUGGGCUUAGGACAUUCAGACCAGUCAAACAUGAACAACGCAACUCCUGCUAUAGCUGCAAACUGGCCACCACACAGACUUGACCUCAGCCGAUCCCAGAGCUCUCUGGACCAAGCAGGGACGAGCGCUGCUGCUCUGGAGUCAGAUGUUAGGGUCCAUGCCAAUACUCACCUCCAGGCUCCUGUGCUGGACUCCCUCUGCCUCACUGUGGAGGACCCAUACUUUGGUACAGACUCUAUGGUGUCCACUGCCAGCCUCUGCACCUCCGAGGAAGAAAUCACAGUCCUGAGUGAGUGGACAGAAAAUCCCUGCUUCAAAUGCUCCCCCCUGACUCUCAAUGAACAGACUCUUGCACUGCCAACAACGGAGAAAAAUACAGGUGAGAUUACAUUUCUGUUGGAUGAGGAGAGUCCUCCUCCCCUUCCCAAGAGGACGCCAGAGUCUUUUGUUCUGGCUGAUGAAGGUAUGAGUUUGAACCUGGUCAUCCCCACCAAAACCACUUACGAGACAACUGGUGCUGGAAGUCCCCCUUCUCCAGCCCCGCCUCUGCCAGAGAGAACACCAGAGUCCUUUGAAAUGGCAGAUAAAGAUUUAGUAUUGAAUGCCGUACAAGAGAAGCCAGAGCAAACUGUUCUCAGAGUGGGGAAGUCCUCUGAAUGGUCUGGGAAUUCCAAUUUAGCUGUGUCGGAUGUUAAGAGAUCCUGGUCCAGGACUAAGAGUUUAAGAGCCAGAUUGUCACUUAAUGUUCCUGCUCACUUCAACCCCCUCGCUCUUGUACACAUACCCACACAAGACGCUUCACCUGCUGCUUCCCCUCUGCUCCCUGAACGGACUCCUGCAUCUUUUGUGCUGGCUGAGCAGAACAACAGUGCCCCCUGUCAGCCACCUGAGGCACUGGCGCAAAGGCAAUGGUUAGGCACCUCUUCUGAGUGGGCAGGAAACAUACAGCCCCGAACUUCCCUAGACAUGAAGACCAGAAGUAAGAGUGUUAAAGUGAAAAGUUCAAAACAAGAACCCUUCACCGUGACUCCUCUGACAUCUCCAGCCACUGUCACCAUGGUUACGGAGACAGGGUCAUGGUCGACAGCUGAUGCCAGUCGCCCGGUCUCUGCCAGGGCAGCGGUGGAUGUGUCCGAGAGGACAGAAGAGAGGAUCCCACCGACCAGCAAGGCCAGGCACAAGAGUUUGAGGUUUUUGAAGGGAAGACAGAAAGCAAAGUCAGCCCCAGCUGCCCCUGCUCCUCCGGCAUCCUACGGUGCAACUGCUGGCUUCAAAUUUGGAUUUGGCAAGCGUUUCGGGAAACCCAAGGGUCCCAGGACUCAUCCAGGAACGUGGGUGUGAAUCCAAACCUUGCUGAGGCACGGGCAGGGCACUGUGCACAGCUGUUUCCGCGAGCCUUCCUGAGCUGGAGGCACCCCAGCGGUGGCAAGACUUGAGUCGUGCUGCAGUCAUCAGCAGGUUAUGCUGCCACCAUCGGUGAAAACCCGAGGCCUUUAGCGUAAUCCCGUUAUCGUACCUAGUCUCAUAUCUCAUUAGGAUCAAAGGGCUGUCAGAAUGGGUGUGGGGUUUUUUUUGUUGCUGUUGUUUAAUGAUUAUAUAUAUAUUAUAUAGGAUAAAGCAGGAUCAUAAAGUUUAACUAAUGAGAAAUCUGAACAAGUAUUUUUGUGUGUGAAAUAUUUUUGAUAGGACAUGCACGGUGGAAUAGUCUUUGUUUGUGGGGCAAGACUGUAGACGUUUUGCCUAUAAUUUGUGUCAGGGCUAUUCCCCUGGCCAAAGAGCUCCACAGCCAUUGAUUACUUGAUUCAAGUGUAUGUGAACUGAAAUGGAACAAAAACCCAGACUGGAUGAGGGAUCCCUAAAAGAGGAACCCCUGACUUCUACUGAUGAAUCAAUCUUUUUGUGAAAGUGAAUUUGUUAAGCAGUUACAGUUUAAUGUUGUAAUAUUGAGUGACAUCACUUUGGUUGUACCCUCAUCUGCACAUGACCAAAUCACCAGAACGAACAUCUCAGAACAAAAAGUUUGUGAUUGCUGAAAAGCACAGUAGUCAGUUUAGCACUUGGGACCAGGUCCGCAAUGGUAGCUCUGGUCCUGGGUAGAUGUGUGCAAUAAUUUUCAAAACGUAAUUUUUUCAAAAAGCAGUAAUAUGAUCUGACUGAUGAUAUAUAGCCUUAAAAAACGGAGCCGUUUAACGGCCCGAGAAUUUUCAUUUUUUUUUACUAAAAGUCUGGUGUAAGAACAGGAGGGCACCCUCUCCCCUCCAACCAAAGACCAACACAGCAAACCGUUUUCUUCUUUCAUUUUCUUUGGUUCUGGUGGUCUGUAGUAUGAAACAUGCUCUUCACAGCGUACUGCAAGAUCUGUUUGUGCACCCUCAACAUUUUCAGACUGGCACCCGUUUCAGGAAUCAAAGCUUUGGUACACUCAUAAAAUGAUUUAUUUAAAAAAAUACAGAAAAGGUCUAUGCAUUCCAUUGUAUGUUUUUAUACACAUGAUUAAGAAUAUCCACAUAACAGUUCUAUUAAAUGUGACUUAUUUACAAAAAUAAAACCAACAA